GGGGGCGGAAACGUAAGGCAGCCAGUCAGAUGGCUGUACAGUUCAUCCUUUCACAUUAGCAACCAGGCUAGCAACAGGUAGUGACAUCACGGGGAGCGCGCUGCGCGGCCCCGCGGUGCUGAUCAUGGAGCUUUCUGCGGUCGGCGAGCGAGUAUUUGCGGCAGAAGCGCUGCUCAAAAGACGUAUCCGAAAGGGUCGCAUGGAAUAUUUUGUGAAAUGGAAGGGCUGGUCUCAGAAGUACAGCACUUGGGAACCAGAGGAGAACAUCUUGGAUGCAAGAUUAGUGUCAGCAUUUGAGGACAGGGAGAGAGAGAGGGAGAUGUAUGGACCGAAAAAAAGGGGUCCAAAACCGAAAACAUUCCUUCUGAAGGCUCAAGCCAAAGCAAAUGCAAAGACCUAUGAAUUCCGAAAGGACUCUUCUCGUGGCGUAAGAGUUCCGUACCCAGGUUGUCCUGCUCAGCAACUCCCACCUAGGUCUAGGGAAGGCUUAAGAAGUGCCCCAAAUUCUUCGCAAGAGAGCAGUGGGGCAAAUUAUAUAUUUAAUGAAACAUUAGGCAGGCCAGAUAUUGGAGGGGAGAGAUAUACCUUAAACAUUAAGAAAAAGAAACAUCACCGUGGAAAAGGACUCCAUAAGGAAGAUGCUCAGACCCGAAGAAUGUCUCCUGCAAACCAUAAUAGUCAAGUUGAACAUAUGACUGGUUCUACCAGGAUACAUGAAGUAGGGCCCCUAAAAUAUAAAUCAACAUACAGUGUAAUACAGCUUGCAAGACGGCAGAAUUCAGAACUGGGAUCAACAAGCCAGACAGAUCAUUAUUUCAUGCCUAGGGAACUUGGGCAUACACAUAAGACACAUUUUAGAAGUGAUCCUAAAAGCUCCAACUCCCAAGAGACAAUUGUCCCAAAAAACAGGCACAACUCCAGAUACCAUCAACAAGUGUCUGACUUCUACAAGGAUGCUUUGGUAACACAUGGGGGAAAACCUUCUCUUAUUGCUCGUAUUCCCGUGGCCAGGAUACUUGGGGAACCAGAAGACGAAACUUGGAGACCCUCAGCAGACAAUUUGGAGAAAGUAAUAGUGACAGAUGUGACUUCAAACUUUCUGACAGUGACAAUAAAGGAAAGCAACACAGAUGAAGGGUUUUUUAAAGAUAAAAGAUGAUCAUAUUUAAUAUAUUUGUAUAUGUAGCAUUCACAAAGUUAGGUUAUGUAGUAUUUUAUAUGUUUGUGUGUAAAUAUUAUAUACCCAUAAAUUUUUUCAUAAAUACAUGAACCAAUGUAAAAUAUAUUGUAAAAUAAUCAAAUAAUUCCUUAUAUAAAGAGAACAGUGAUGC